AACGUGUUUAGAAGAUGAGCUCAGCUCGACGUAGGCAGAGCCUCAGGGGAAGCAGGUGGAGUCAGGUACCAGAUCAGGAGGAACUGGUUCCAACUCCAACUGGUGGCAAAACAAAGAGAAGAGUCUGGAUUAAGGACACUUAUUGGACCAGGACCCCUACGAACUGACUGGUUCUGGUUUCUCUACCAGAUCGCCUAAAUUCCAAAAGAUGGAGGAUGCUGUUUCAAAGAAGAACAGGGCCAAACCUCCAGGAUCCAGCUGUCCGUCCAUGUGGCGAGGCUGGUCUAUGGAAAAACCUCCAGCCUUCAGUAAUAAACCGGAACCUUCAGACCAGGAAGGUCAGAACCAUAGAGAGAAAGUGGUACAUCCAGGAUCCAGCUAUCCAGCUAUGUGGCGUGGCUGGUCUAUGGAAAAACCUCCAGCCUUGAGUAAUAAACUGGAAGCCUCAGAUCCAGAAGAUGAAAAUAAGCUAUCAAGAUCAAGACCAAGAAAUGGAGGUGGACCACUGACUGCAGCAGCAGAUGUCAUCCUGGAGAAGCUUCUAGAAGAACAUAAGAUCAGUCUGAGGAAGAGAUGUGAACAUGUGACUGAAGGAAGUGAUGAAACAGGAAGUAGAACCCUCCUCAACAGGAUCUACACUGAUCUCUACAUCACCGAGGGACAGAGUGAAGAGGUUAAUACCCAACAUGAGGUGAAGCAGCUGGAGGGAGCUUCCAAGAUCCAGAACCUCCAUGAUUCUCCAAUCAGGUGCCAGGACAUCUUCAAAGCCUUACCUGACCAACAUGGAGCCAUCAGAGUGGUUCUGACCAACGGCGUCGCUGGUGUUGGAAAAACCUUCUCAGUGCAGAAGUUCACUCUGGACUGGGCAGAGGACUUGGAGAACCAAGAUGUCAGUGUGGUGGUUCUGCUUUCCUUCAGGGAGCUGAACCUGAUCAGAGAUCAGCAGCACAGUCUUCUCACGCUGCUCCAUGUUUUCCAUCCAACCCUCCAGAAGCUCCCAGCAGAGAAGCUGGCUGUCUGGAAGCUUCUCUUAAUCUUUGACGGUCUGGAUGAAAGCAGACUUUCUCUGGACUUCAACAACAGUCUGAUUGUUUCUGACGUCACACAGAAGUCAUCAGUCAACGUUCUGCUGAUGAACCUCAUCGAGGGGAACCUGCUUCCCUCGGCUCUGGUCUGGAUAACUUCCAGACCUGCAGCAGCCAAUCAGAUCCCUCCUUCAUUGGUUUCCAAGGUAACAGAAGUACGAGGCUUCAGCGACGCCCAGAAGGAGGCGUACUUCAGGAGGAGGUUCAGUGAUGAAGAGAUGUCCAGCAGGAUCAUCUCCCACAUCAGGACCUCCAGGAGCCUCCACAUCAUGUGUGGGAUCCCAGUGUUCUGCUGGAUCACUGCUACGGUUCUGGAGAACCUGUUGACCACAGAGCAGAGAGGAGAGCUGCCCAAGACCAUGACUGACAUGUACUCACACUUCCUGCUGGUCCAGACCAGGAGGAAGAAGAACAAGUACCAUGAAGGACAUCAGACGAGUCCACAGGAGCUGAUGGAGGCUGACAGGGAAGUUCUCCUGAAGCUGGGGAGGCUGGCGUUCGAACAUCUGGAGAAAGGAAACAUCAUGUUCUACCAAGAAGACCUGGAGCAAUGUGGUCUGGAUGUCACAGAGGCCUCCGUGUUCUCAGGAGUUUGUACAGAGAUCUUCAAAAGAGAGAAGGUGAUCUUCCAGAAACCAGUCUACUGCUUUGUUCACCUGAGCAUCCAGGAGUUUCUGGCUGCAGUCUACAUGCUCCACUGCUUCACCAGCAGGAACACAGAGGUGGUGGGAAACUUCCUGGGAGAAGACUACAGUGAAACAUCAUUUGAUGACUUCAUGAAAGGAAUCAUGGAAAAAUCCCUUUUCAGUCCAAAUGGCCACCUGGACCUGUUUGCUCGUUUCCUUCAUGGCCUCUCUAUGGAGUCCAACCAGAGACUCUUAGGAGGCCUCUUGGGUCAGACAGAAAACAACCCAGGAACCAUUCAGAAGGUCACCAAUAAUCUGAAGGAGAUGACAACUGAUUAUAUCUCCCCUGAAAGAAGCAUCAACAUCUUCCAGUGUCUGAUGGAGAUGAAGGACCUCUCAGUUUAUCAGGAGAUCCAACAGUUCAUGAAAUCAGAGAAUAGAUCAGAGAAGAAGCUCUCAGAGAUCCAGUGCUCCGCUCUGGCCUACAUGCUGCAGAUGUCAGAGGAGGUUCUGGAUGAGUUGGACCUAGAGAAGUACAACACAUCAGAGGAAGGACGACGUAGGCUGAUUCCAGCUGUGAGGAACUGCAGAAAGGCUCGACUCCAUGAAUGUUGGCUCUCAAAGACGCACUAUGAUGUCAUUGCCACAACGCAGAAGUCCCGCCCUUCUCACCUGAGGCUUCUGGACCUGACAGGAAGUAAGAUGCAGGAUUCAGAACUGCAGAUACUAAUCCAAGGAAUGGAGAGUCCAUGCUGUGAACUCCAAAGCCUCCUACUGGCUAGCUGUAGACUCUCAGAGGUCAGCUGUGGAGCUUUGGCCUCUGUCUUACAGACCAACCGCUGUCUGACUGAGCUGGACUUGAGUUACAACGACAGCCUACAGGACUCUGGAGUCGCAUUACUGUCUGCUGGACUAGCAGGUUCAUCUAAACUGGAAACUCUCAAAUUGAGAAACUGCAAGUUGACAGAGAUCAGCUGUGCUUCUUUGCAUCCUGCUCUGAAGUCUUCCCUCCUGAAACAUCUGGACCUGAGUCAGAACAGAGUGGAGGAUGCAGGAGUCCUGCAGCUCUGUGUUUCUCUGGAGGAUCCUGGCUGCAGCCUGCAGAGCCUGAGUUUGCAUGACUGCGGCCUGACAGAAAGCUGCUGCUCACCGCUGUCCUGCGCUCUAAAAGGCCCAACCUCCAGCCUCAAACAUCUGGACCUCAGCUACAACGAUCUGCAGGACUCGGGGGUCCGGCAGCUCAGUCCUGGACUCGGGAGUCCAAACUGCAGACUGGAAAAUCUGAGCUUGAGCUGUUGUCAGCUCACCGAUCAAAGCUGUGCGUCUCUGGCCGCUGCUCUGAGCUCCGCUCCUUCCAGUCUGCUACAACUGGACCUGAGUCACAACAAGCUGAAGGAUUCUGGACUGAAGCUCCUGGCUUCCUGGUUAAAGGCUCCAAACUGUGGCCUGCAGGUCCUCAGGCUGAACGGCUGUCAGUCCACUGAGGACGGACGCUCUGCCUGCUCUCCCAGCGGUCCGACCCGAGUCCACUGGUUCUGAGUCCUCCAACCAGCAGGAUGUCGGCUAACGAAGGAGAAAUGUUCUGUUUUUUCUAUGUAUUUUUCUAUGUCUGCUUCUGUCUCCUUGAACCCCAGUGGGCCU